UUGCUCUCUGCUAAUUCUCUUUGUCUGGAUGAUCAACGGCCAUUUUGCAAAGUUGCAAUCUCACUUCCCUAAAUGACGACUGUAAAACCAGAACUCUACUUAAAGUCCCGUGUACGUGCAGCUGCAGUGGCAGUGAAGGUAGAGAACCUCCUUCUUCCCACUACCUGCUCUGGAAACUGCUCAACAGCCAAGUGGGGUGACCCAACCCGAUACAGCAUGUGAGAGCCCUCCCAAGCACAUCAGUUACACCAGAUGCGACUGCUGUAAGGAAGUAAAAGAAACAUUUUCUGAAACUGGGAAGCAUUUUUAGAGGAAGAUGGAGAACCCACUUCUUUUAUUCCCCCAGCUAAACAUUUCUGCUUCAAAGGAUAAAUCCUAUUACAAAGUCAUGAAAUCAACAAUUAAAGAAGAGCCGCAUCAAGCAAGCAAGCCUGGAGCUAAGCAGAAGAGAAAUAGGCUGAGCCUUCUCCUGCAAAAGUCUGAAUUUCAUGAAGGCGAUCAUCCUAGCAAACCUGGAAACUUGACAAAAGCAGCAAGUGUGUCUCCUGAAGAAGCAGUGAAAUGGGGAGAAUCUUUUGACAAACUGCUUUCUGAGAAAGCUGGAUUGGAUGCCUUUACAAAGUUUCUGAAAACUGAGUUCAGCGAGGAGAACAUCGAGUUCUGGAUAGCUUGCGAGGAUUACAAGAAAAGCAAGACUGCACAUGAACUUUUGCCAAAAGCUAAGAUCAUUUAUGAAACAUUCAUACAGAAAGAUGCUCCAAAAGAGGUGAAUUUGGACUUUCAAACCAAAGAAGUCACAAGUCAGAAUAUUGAACGGCCCAUCAUCACCACCUUUGAUGCAGCGCAAAACACAGUUUACAGGCUGAUGGAGCAAGACAGCUACCCACGCUUCCUGAGAUCUGAUCCUUAUUUAAAUUUAGUUAAGGGGAGAAAUCCCAGUCGCCCUACCCUUAGAAGACGAUCACGGUCUUUUACUGUAAAUGAUUUCCAGGGUGUACGACCAGACUUUACCAUUUGGUAACAGGGGAAUUCAACCUUCAUAAAUUGUAGCUACUGCACCAACUUGUAUGUGUUUUCAAAUCUAAAUCCUUAGCAGGUGUAAAUAAGCAGAAAGCAAAGUCACUUAUACCAGGUCAGAGUUCUGUAGCUGGUGAUUAAUCUCAUUUAUUAUAGAGAAGUAGGCAACAUAUUGGCAAGAUAUAUCAUGUAAAGUUUUCAUACAGUAUUUUUUUUUAAACUCAAGUAAGAGCUGUAAUCGUAUUUGGAGGAAAAAAUUGACUUUCCUGCAUAAAAAUGUUGCAUAAAAUGCAAUUUUACAAUAUCCACCAUGUAUCCUGGGCCUGUAUUAUUUAGGCCAGAGUUUCGUCACAGUUAGAAUCUAUAUACCUAGCCUUUGCACAUAUUUAUGUUUCUGCAAGAUUUCCUACACUAAGCACUGAGUAUUUGUGGUAUUUUCUCAUACUGCAAAACACAUAGAAACAUUAUUAGGUAUAAUGUAAAGUUAUAUGGAUUUUAACUACAGCCACUGCAUAAUUAAAAUUUAGCUAUUGCAUAUUUUAAGAGGGACAUACGAACACCUAUUUAAUUUUUUGGAGUACAUUUUGUACUGUUUUCUUAUUAUAUGUGUCUGUUCUCUGUGUUUAAGUUAUGCUGUAUAGAUUAGCUUUGCCAUCAAAUAUUCUAAUUUUUUGCAACCAAAUGAGCAUCAACAAAGGGCCAAGAAUGCUAUUUUAACACAAUGUGUGUCAUUAAAGAUCAGUUUGUGUGUGUGUAUAUAUAUCUUAAAAAAAAUUUCUACUUUUAUUUGUAAAUAUUCAGGGUAAACCAACUUUGUUGCUAAAGUUUGUUCUAAUUUUUUC